ACAAGUGAGAUUUUUUUUUUUUUUUUUUAAGCAUAGUCUGAGAGAGUCUUCCAGGUUAGGUUCCUUUCCUGCUCUCAUUUCUAUGAAUGCCAGCAUCAUUUUACUUCUUUAAGCUCUGACAGGCGUUCCUCACCAAGCGGAUUUGAUAAUUCUCAAACCCAAAAGGUGAACAAUUACUAAGUCACCACCAAGCUUCCAUCUUUUUAUUCUUACAUUGAUCUCUGCUCAACAUUAUUACUUUUUUUAUUUUCAAUCGAUUUCUCGUCUGGAAGAUUUUUAAUUUUGGAUCUCAUUGCAUAUUGGGGUUUUUGAUCUGAAAUGUUAGCUGAGGUGGAGAGGAUUUUUGUUUCUGUUGUAGACAUGUGUUUGGUUAAUGGGUUUUCUUUCUUGAUGCCUAAAAUGAUCAUUUCGGCUGAAAAUUUUUUAUUUUUUGCAAUGUAUUUCAUGAACUAGAGGUUGCAUUUCGAACUUAGGUAAGGCUUCUCACGAGACAGUUAGGGUUUUAAGAUUUUAUCGCUGUUGGGUCGUUUAGGGUUUUGAGAAUUUAUUGAUUAUGAACGCACUUGGAGAAUCAUCUGAAUCUGGUUCUAUUUUAUCUAGUCCCACGUUGUCAAAAAGUGUGAAUUUACGCGCUGAUGAUGCUUUUCCUAGGCAAGUGUCACCUAUUAGGAUUGGUGGCUCGAGGAAUACAAGCCCCUUGGGCCGUGUUGGAUCGAGGAAUACCAGUCCUUCUAGGCAGAAGGCGAUUAAGACCAAACCACGGGGUUUUGAUGAGGAAACAGCAGCUACAUUUGGUAAAGCUGUUCAUCCUGAUGUUCAAAUGGAGGAUAACAUAUGGGCAAUGUUGCCUGAAGAUCUACUGAAUGAGAUUUUGGCUAGGGUUCCUCCUUUUAUGAUAUUUCGUCUCCGUUCAGUCUGUAAAAGGUGGAAUUCCCUUCUUCAAGACGGCAGUUUUCUUAAAUUUCACUCACAAGUGCCAUCUCAUGGGCCUUGUAUUUUGACAUUUUGGAAAAACACACAGACACCACAAUGCUCAGUUUUUAGCUUGCCUUUGAAAACAUGGUACAGAAUUCCUUUCACUUUUUUACCACAGUGGGCAUUUUGGUUGGUUGGUUCUUCAGGGGGCCUUGUUUGCUUUUCUGGGCUUGAUGGUCUAACUUUCAAAACUUUAGUUUGUAAUCCUCUCACUCAAACUUGGAGAACGUUGCCAGGGAUGCAUUAUAAUCAACAAAGGCAGUUGAUAUUGGUUGUUGAUAGAAUGGAUAGGUCGUUUAAAAUUAUAGCCACCAGUGAUAUUUAUGGUGACAAGUCAUUGCCCACUGAAGUUUACGAUUCAAAGCUUGACAGAUGGUCACUCCACCAAAUUAUGCCUGCCGUCAAUCUGUGUUCUUCAAAGAUGGCAUAUUGUGACUCCAGAUUGUAUCUGGAAACUCUUUCACCACUUGGUCUGAUGAUGUAUCAGCUCGACACAGGUUACUGGGAACACAUUCCAGCCAAGUUCCCACGGUCUAUGUUGGAUGGCUAUUUGGUGGCUGGAACUCAGAAGCGUCUGUUUCUAGUGGGAAGAAUUGGCCUUUAUAGUACUCUUCAGAGCAUGAGAAUUUGGGAAUUGGAUCAUGCAAAGAUUAUGUGGGUUGAGGUCAGUAGGAUGCCACCAAAGUAUUUUCGGGCUCUGUUGAGAUUAUCAGCUGAGAAAUUUGAGUGCUUUGGGCAGGAUAAUUUGAUCUGCUUCACAUCUUGGAACCAAAGAAAGGGCCUUCUAUAUGAUGUAGAUAAGAAGGUUUGGUCUUGGAUUGCUGGAUGUGCUCUUCAGUCGUAUAACAGUCAGGCGUGCUUCUAUGAGCCAAGAUUUGAUGCUUCCAUUUACUAAGCUGACAAUUUUGUGGUUUGCGGCUUCAGUCAUUCUCUUGUUAUUUGGAUGAUCAUGAGAUCAUCAGAGGGUUGAGGCUUCAUCUUUGUUUUGUGCUUUCUACAUCUAUCCCUCUUCUUUCCCUUUUGCACUUUUGUAAGGGUUCUCUUCUCCAGCCUACUAGCUAAUGAGUUCCUUUAGUUUUGCACAUUGGAUUGGCUUUAUUGGUGCAACAGUAGGAAGCAGGUUAGGUCAGCAAAAUUUUCGAUUGUGUUGUCAAUGAUGUCACCUCCUAGUACCAAGGCCAGAUCCUGCAUACACCUGGAGCCAAGCUCUGUGAUGCACAUUGACUAACCACUUUUAUCACUUGAUGAGGAAUGGGCUUUUUAAUGAAUGUGCAAAAUGGAUAAUGGUGUCUUGUGGGAAAUUGUAAUAAGAUUUUCCCCCCCUUUUCCUGCUUAUGUACAUUUUCUGAAAAUGUUUAUCACAUGCUUAAUUGAGUUGAGUUGAGUUUUA